CACGCGACACGUGUUGAGAAUAGACCCGUUGUAAACAGAAUUUCCGAGCUGGCGUUACCUUCACAAUGGCUGACGGGCUUCGGAACACUAGGGCGGCUCGGCGUCCGUCGCCCGGCCGGCAGCGGGGAUGACGAGGAUCCGCCUACGGGGGGCGGGCCACGCCGACGGCCUCCUGGCAGAGCUGGACCGCUGCCGGCAAUCUGGCCGCUACUGUGACGUUUUACUGCGAGUGGGCGAGCGCACCUUUCCUGCCCACCGCGCCGUGCUAGCCUGCGCCGCCGCUUACUUCCACCGGCUGUUCGGGGAGGGGACCGCCGCCCCGGCCGACCACGUUUUUCCGCCGGACUGGAUUUCGCCAUCAGACUUUGAAAAAGUGCUAAGCUUCAUGUACACUGGUGAGAUCUCCACCGAGCUGGUCAACGUGGGGGUCGUGUACGAGCUUGCCCAGCGGCUGGGCGUCGGCCGGCUGGCCGCCGCAUGCCUCGACACCUUCCCGGACUUGCGGCCGUCCGCUUCCUUCCCGGACCCGUGUUCCGAGGACCUCCUGGCUGCCAAGGAACUCCCGGCGGCAGAGGAACUCCCAUCCGCCAGGGAACUUCUGUCCGCCGAAGAACUUCCGCCUUCCGUCUGUUCUUCCGCCACGUCCUGCUCAUCCCUGUCCUCGCUGGCCACCACCAGCGACUUGAAGAUAGAAGACGUCCGCUCUUGCCCACCUUCUGGGCAAACACUUGCCGAUGGACCUGGUGUCCGCAUUUCUGCUUCCAGGCUCCGCCCGAAGGAGCAGACACUGGAGACACACGAGUCUGUCCAACACGUGGCGAUGAGCGACCCGGAGGCGUCGGCUUCCCCUUCCUUCCGACCGUCGCCGGCUCUGCUCGAACCGGGGACCUCGCAGAGUGCCCUAGAGUCGACGUCCUCGCCAGCGGAGGAGGAGCAGCACGGCCCACCGGUGGGGGAAAUUAUCGAACUGAGCGAUGACGACAACGACUCGGCAGAAGACGAGCCGGUCUACGUGGCAAACGGCGAUGGAUGCAAGGUGGCGAGCGACGUGCUGGUGUGCGGGGUCUGCGCGGCUCCCCUGCCGGCGGACGCGACGGCCUUGAGACGACACGCCGAGAGCCACGUGACCGAACAGGGACGCUGUGGGCCGUGCGGCGCCUCUUUUCUGGACCGCGCCGCCGCCGCCCGGCAUUCCCUGGCCCACGUGGGCGUGCGUCUUUUCUCCUGCGACAUGUGCCGGCGGGACUUCUGCAGCCGCGAGAAGCUGCUGCGCCACCGUCGCCGUGGCCGGGAGGGCAUCUCGGCGCCACCGCUGCCCGAUAGAGACUCUCCAACACUACGCUGUGCCGUGUGCACUCAGGAUCUCAGCAAGGACUUCCAGACGGUGAGAGCGCACGCGCUGGGGCACGUGCGCGCGGCAAGCCUGAACUGUGGAGUGUGCGGCAUUGGGCGGCCCUCACUGUGUGCCCUGCUGUGGCACACCCUGGCCCAUCUCUCACUGCCCGUCUUCAGCUGCCCUCGUUGCACCGUCUGCUUCGUGGAGCGCCCUCGGCUGGAGGCGCAUUUGGCCAUCGCCCACGCCGAGGAGCGAGAGGACAUCCGGGCGGUGACGGUCGGAGAGGAGAGUCUCGCUCCGCGCGCUCGUGCUGGGAAAUGGUACCGCUGCCGCUACUGCGGCAAGCGCUUCGCCCACUCAGGAGAGUUCACCUAUCACCUGCGCAUCCACACGGGGGAGAAGCCCUACCAGUGCAAGGUGUGCCUGCGCUUCUUCCGAGGCCGCUCCACAAUGAUCUGCCACCUGAAGACGCACGCCGGCGCCCUGAUGUACCGCUGCACCGUCUGCGGUCUCUACUUCUCCACGCUCAAGAUGAUGUCGGCGCAUGUGCGCGAGCGGCACGAAGACCGCCUGCCGCCCGACUUUAACAUCCGCCACACUUUCAUGUAUAACGAUCGCUCCAAAGAGAUUUCCCCCGACGACGACGGAGCGCAAACCUACAAAUGACACUUUUUGUGUUUUCGUCUUUUUACGCGACCAAACUUUUGAACCCUUUGACUUUGCCACUGGCGCCGAGAGACGAAGUGCAGUCGCUUUAAAAAUUUGAAGUUUUUUAUGAGCGGUAUGAUAUAGCUGAGCGUAACGCACCCACGGAGAAUGUUGUAGCUUGUCGGCCACUUUGUGCCAGUGGAUAAACAUCACAUUAUGUAGCUGGCGUGAAACAGCUAAAAGUUGCUUCAUUUUCGACUCCCUGUCAACCAAUCACAUGCAUUAAAUGACUCGGCACAAUGCCUAAGCCCAGCCGUUAGUAACAAUUUGGGAUGAAAAAACUGAGAUUUUAAUAUAUUAUAUACACCGAUUGAAAAUAAUAGGACUCCAAACCCUUAACUUCCUUCUAAAGACAACAAAAUCGGGUAUAUGAACAAAACUAAGAAAUAGGGACCCCAAAAAGUCAGCUUUACCCCGGUUUUGUUGUGUUUAGAAGGAAGUUAAGGGUCUAUUAUGUCCAAUCGGGGUUUAUAAUAUAUUAAAAUCCGUUUUUUUGUUUAGAGCUACGGCCCCUAGUAGUUGGGUUUCGUUACAAUUAGGGACCACUAAAAGUAAGCUUUACCAACCAUUAGUACUCGUUGUUAGUAACAGAACUGAUGAAAAGUCUGGAGAUUUGAGAUCUGAAAAUUUUCGUGAAGAAGCUGACUCACCUUAGCAUUGCUGCAACAGUAUUGAGGACCAAAUGGCCAAUGAGGGUGAACUGGAGAAAUACAUCUCUAAAUACAUACUUAAAUGUGUCAUUAAUAAACAUUUGGGAAUUAAAUAAAUGUGUCAUUCAUUAUAAUACUGGUCAAUUGAAUGUUAAAUGGAACCUCAGACGUUUAAGACUUGUAGGCUGUAAUAAGCCACAAUUGUUCUCUUUUACUAAAAUAUAUUGGAAACCUAUAUUAUUGCCAUUGAUUUAAAAAUCCAUAAUAUUUAGUACAUGUUUUGACCUAUGGAGGGCGCCAUGUUGUACUAAUUCACGCUGGGGUUGAUGGGGCUGGACUGGGAGAAUAGCUGUGCUAGCUAGCAAGUGAAGUUAAUAUGAAGACCUGUAUGAUUUUGUCACAUUCUGCUGCUGGUCAGAUUGUUUUGUUACAGAGCUGUGGGAUGAGUUCCCAACGUCGUACCUAUAUCCAAUUCCAGCUCGUCAGCAGUGUCUUUAAACCGAUCCUAGGUGGCUUGCCGAGAUAUUGACUUGCUGCCAUUUGAUAGUUUGUGUAUCCCUUCGUUGCUAGUUGCAUCAUUGCCUUGUUUUUUUUUUUUUUGCUUGUCUGCCUCCCACCACGGUUUUCCCUUGGAUUUUUUUUUUAAAUUGAUCCCCAUCUACUGUCACUGACCCAUUUUGUGUCUUCCUUUUCGCGUUCUCGUGUUUUUUUGUGCGUUCAAUAAACCCUUUAACGCAAUCCCUGUGUUAUUGUUGUCUGCAUGCUGUCUGAAGUGAGCCGCGUUUUAUAGUUCUGUGGUCAAGCCAGCCGCACUUUCUUUUGAGUUGCGUUUCCCUUUUAGGUUUUA